AGAAGUUGUGAGCUUGAAUUUUAAAGUUAUUCGCAGCGAUUUUAUCGUGAAAAUGGGCCGUCCGGGAAAAACCGGUAAACAAAAAAGUGAUGCUAAGCGAGCUAAUAAAAUCAACAUGGAGUUUCUUCCAAAUUUGGUAAGAUUUUACUAUAAACAAUUUCUAGCAACCUGUUCCUAACCACAAAUUUUUGUGUUUUCAGCAAGUGAACCCAGUUCCGGGGAAAAGGGCUAAAAAGACCAUUGUUACCACAGCACCACCAAGCGACCCGGCAGUUCCCGAGAUCGAUCCCAUGGCGCCAGAAGUUCCGGAGGACCUUUCGUUCGGCCUCUCCUCCGUUCCGGCUGACGCGACAGUGGUAAAACCGGAUCAGGAAACAGAUUCCCGAGCUGCAGUUCCAGAUGUCCCUGAGGAUCUCAGGAUCGACUCUCCCGCCAUUCUUGCCCAGCCAGCUUUUGCUGGGCGGGAAGUGUCUAUCGUCAAGCUAGUGUUGGCCGACGACGAGAACUCAGAUGCCGAGAAGGAAGCCUUGGGGAACGAAUCAAUGGAAGUGGUCCCAGACUACGCUGUCCUGCUAGUCCUACAAAACCAGGUGGCCGACCUGAAGCAGGAGAAUGAAGUCCUUAAGCGGGACAACAAUAAACUCCGCAGUCUUAACAUGAAGCUCCAGGAAGCCCUCUUGGCUAGACCGACAGGGCAGAACUUCUCCGAGAUACCAGGAUAUCCAGACGCGAAAUGGCUGCUGGGCAUUUCGCAAAAUGCUCAGGACAGCGAUUAUCUUUUCGUGAAAGAGCUUGUCUUCCGGCUCUUCCCACAAGGGUUGGGCAAUGCUACUGUCUCUGGUAUGACAUCCAACAAUCCAUCGGGACGAGGGGGGAACAACGCAGUCGAAGGUAGAGAACCAGUCGAACAGCUGGAUCCUGAGAAGGUCAAAUACAUACGUGAGCGCCUACAUGAGAGACGACUAAUCCUCCAGGACGAGUUGGGGGUUGCUGUUCAACGUUCCCGGAGGACUGCAAGGCACAUUGCGGCUGUCAUUGCCAACAACCCUUCCCUACGUAAACUACCGCGGCAGUAG